AUGCCCUCCCCACCUACCCCCCACACCGGAUGGCCAGGCAACCCCUGGAGGCGUGCAUGGGGCAGCCCCGAGCCCAGUAGCCACGUGGGGGAGAGCGCGGUGGGCGUGCUCGCCAUCCCCAGUCCGCGGGGCGAGCGGGCACCCCCUGCUCCAGCCGCCAGUGGAGAUGCCGCCACCUCGUUCCUAAGGCCUGGAAGCCGACUCCUGGAGUUCUCUCUGACUGUGCCCUUUGGAUCCCCUCUGGAGGCAGACAUGGCCCGCAGGUGCCUGGUCACCUAUGCCCAACGUCAGCAAGAGAUGGUCCACAAGGAGCUCACAGUGACUGGCAGUGUCUUGACUGUGUCAGUUCUAGGAGAAGCUGGCGUGGGGUGGCGCGGGGUAGUGGGAGGCAGUCUGCACUAUCGUAAUGGGGUGCUGGUUGGGUUCGGUGUUAGCAGACUGAGGUGGACGACUGAAGACCCUGUUCUCUUCACAAUUUCAGUCAACAGUUUUCUUGACCAGCUUUCCAUGGUGAUGAGGAACUUUUAG